UUCCCUGUGACUGAUGUAAUAAAUAACAUUAUCAAUACUGGAAGUGAAAGUGGUUUUAACCACUUUACAUACAGUAAAAUCAUAUAAUAUAACAACUUGAGUCUGGUGGCUCCCAAAUUAAGGCUCAGGAACCUUCACAAAGGAUCACAAGAUAAAUCUGAAGGGGCAUGAGAUGAUAAUUAACGGGGUAGAAACCAAAAAUAGAGUUCUGCUUCAUGAAUUUGGAUUAAUUCUUUAGACUUUUCUGUGAUUUUUAUUUUGUUGUGAAAUACUGCAAAGUUUUACUUCUUCGGGCCUCAAGCAGUGAGGAACAAUGUGAGACGUUUAUAGGAAGAAUCUGUUCUUGUUGGAACUACUAACAACUCGUAAACAUCUGAAAUGUGACAAGAGGCCCCAACUGGAACAUGCAAUAUUUCAUUCUGAAAUGUGUUGAAGUCGAAGUAUAAAAUAGCACAGAAUGGAAAUACUUAAGUAAAGUAAAUGUACCUUAAAUUGUACUUAAACACAGUACUUGAGUAAAUGUAUGUAUUCACAUUUCAUCACUUCCUUUUCCAGCUUUUUUGGUUCUUUUUCAAACAUCAUUUUCCCUGUUGUUUAUUUUCUAUUGUGUCUGUGUUGCUGUUAAACAAGUUUGUUUUUCAAAAGGGCACGGGGUGUAAUAUACUACAAUAAUAUGGGCAUGUUGCCAAUUUGUGUUUUACAGUAUCGUGUUGACAUGGAAGAGGAAUGGGGGAUUUUCAGAGAAGAGAAAUCAUAUGUCUUCACACAGUGGAAAUUUGGUGUUUGACGAAAUAUCUAAAAAAGAUUAUGCACAGGCCAGCGUGUACGCAAGAACAAGAACAGCCAUUCAAAAAAAAAAAAAAACAGUCUCCAGCCUUGAAGACAAGGUUUGAAAUGAAAGUCAUCAGUGAAAAGGAGAGAAGAGAAAAUUGCCAAGAAAACACAUUUUCUGUCUCUAUGGUUAUAACACAUUAUACUAUUACCUACUUUCAAUAAUGUGAAGUCUAUUAUCUAGCAAUGUCAAUAUGCAAUGUACAUUCAAUACAUACAGUAUACAGUUGGAGUAUAAUUAGCUUUUAGUUCAGCUUCUAUCCCAGACUCAUUUAGGCCUUUGUCUUUUACUGAAUUUAGUUUCUUUCUUUCCUCCAGGAGUCUUUCUGUCUCUUCUGUUCUGUGAUUUAAGUGACUUACCUGUAGGUGCUGUGACUCUGAAAUUUUCCACUGGGUUUAAUAAUGUACUCUACUGUAUCUGUCCGUCUGUCUGUCUGUCUGUCUGUCUGUCUGUCUGUCUGUCUGUCUGUCUGUCUAUGAACAGAAUGUAGUGGAUAGAGGUGAUGAUGGAGAUGGGAGAAAAUGUGCUGGAAAAACUAAAGUGGCUCACUUUGAGGGGGACAGGGAUGGUGUUGGCUGAAUGAUAAUUACAGCUCUUGCACAAUUAGAAGGACUAUGUAGGCCUACUCCAUGUAAAAUUUCCCUGACUUUCUUAUUUGUGUGAUAACGUCAAACAAAUUAUCGUGUGGUGUGGCUACUGUGUCACUAUUUUGUAGGCAUACUGAUUAUUUAUUUGUUUAUCAGUUGUUCCAGAGGUACCUACCUACAUUUUUGGACAGAUUAUGAGACAAUGGGCACCCCUGGUACAGACAUGUCAUGGGCCCCCACCCCUUCUACACAGAAGCAAAACACUUAAAACUGAAAGAAUGGUUUUGUGUCCUUUAGUCGCUCUUUGUGUCUCAUUCUUUCAAUCAAUUAAUGUUUCUUUGUCUUAUUUUUUUAUCUCCUUGUGGUACUUUUGUGUCUCUUUGUAGUUGUGUAGUGUGUCUUGGUGGUCAUUUUGUGUCAUUUUGCAAAUCUGUGUUCAUUUUGUGUCUCUUUAUGGUCAUUUGUAAGUCUUUGAGGACAGUUUGAGUCUUUGAUCAUUGACUUUGCAACAAAUAAUGUUAAAUAAUGUUAACGGUCAGUUCAAACAGACCCAGUAAUCCAUCCAUGCUUCGAUUACCAAAACCACACGUUGGACAGUUGCAUUUAAUGUAUUGUGGCCAGUGACUGUAUGUCAUUGAUUGUGGUAGACUUGUCUACUCCGGCACAGUAGGUGGCGGGGUGUACAGUGAACGCUGGUUUGCCAUCCGCAAAUAAACAGAGGGAAGAAGAAAGCCAGCUCAUCGUGGCUCUCUUCCGCUGAGCUGCCGGUGCUAACAACAAGGUAAGCUAGCAGCUGCGUCGGACGCCGUGGAAUCUGCCGCUAACGUUUUUGUUCACCUGUGGCUAUAAAAGGCACAUCUGAUUGUAUAACUCCAACAAGAAGAUUCCUGGCGAAAUGGGAGACCCUGCUCUACACAGAGACUGUCCCCUCGACUGCAAGGUUUAUGUUGGAAAUCUAGGAAACAAUGGAAAUAAGACAGAGUUAGAAAGGGCCUUUGGGUACUAUGGCCCUUUAAGAAGUGUUUGGGUUGCUAGGAAUCCCCCAGGUUUUGCUUUUGUAGAGUUUGAAGAUCCCAGAGAUGCAUCUGAUGCUGUGAGAGAACUGGAUGGAAGAACCAUGUGCGGCUGUCGGGUGCGUGUUGAGUUAUCCACCGGGGAAAAGCGAUCUAGAAGCCGUGGCCCUCCUCCAUCCUGGAGUAGACGCCCUCGAGAUGAUUUUAGGCGACGUAGUCCUCCAGUCAGACGCAGGUCACCAAGAAGGAGGAGCCUCAGCCGCAGUCGCAGCAGGUCUCUUUCAAGAGACAGACGUAGAUAUCGUUCUCUCUCCAGAGACAAGAAUCGUAAGCGCUCAAGAUCCUUCUCACGGUCCAGGAGUCGUUCCCGGUCUAACGAGAGAAAAUGAAGACCUCAAAGGAUGGUUCAUCUGCAGGAUACUGCUAUGGUUGUGAAAAUACAAAAUUUUUAUAGUCAUGUUUUUCUUUUUAGAUUUGGUUUGCCACCUCUUGGGAGUCUAAGGUCGGCUUGUUACAUAUGGUGUAAUAGCGGUCUGUUUCUUUCAACAUUGUUUGCCUCCGAAUUAACUGUUCACAUGAAACUAAUUUUAUCUUAACCUGCAUGGUCUGAGGUUGAAUACUGCAUUUAGUUUUACAUUACAAUUUUGUUGUCUUCUUUUUUUUUUUAACUGCUUAAAUGAAUUAAAGUACUUGUUUUUUUUAUUUGUUUUUUUCUUUUUCUUAUUCUCGGUUGUCUCUGAAAUUACUUUUGAUGGGUUACUGUGACAUGCAUCACCAGUAGAAGGAGCAUACUUUAUACCAGUGACAGAAAGCAGACGCUCAACACAUGUUGUAAAUAGUGGUGCUGUUAUUUGCGGGCUGUCCUUGAAGCCUAAAACAUCAUCUGUGAUUCUGUUUUUUACCUUUGUCACUUUUGCAAAAGAAGGCAUUUAUUCUACCUUGCUUGAUUCUCGGAGCUCUGAUAAUUUGUGCUGAUGCAGUUAAACAACUUGUUCAAUAAAUGUUUUUCCAAGGUGAAA